AUGAGUCUAAGUUACGAGCAGAGGCUUCAGGUUGUAGCCGGAAUUGUGAUUGAAGACGACGCACGCGCCGGCGAUGCGCCGCCUUGUUUGAAAGAGCUUGGGCUCAGGGCGACCCUCAAACCCUACCAGGUAGAAGGGGUUUCGUGGCUUAUUCGGAGGUAUAAACUCGGCGUCAACGUUAUCCUUGGGGAUGAGAUGGGGCUGGGCAAGACUUUGCAAGCUAUCUCCUUUUUAAGCUUUUUAAAAGUCCGCAGAUUGUCACUUGGACCAUUUUUGGUUAUAUGUCCUUUAAGUGUUACCGAUGGUUGGGUGUCAGAGAUAGUCAAAUUUACCCCUAAACUAGAAGUCUUCAAAUAUGUUGGUGAUAAAGAAUACAGGCGUAAUCUACGUAUGAAAAUACAUGAACAUGUUACAGGGCAGUCAUCAACUCUUAAUGUCUUGUUACCUUUUGAUGUGCUGUUAACAACAUAUGACAUUGCAAUGAUGGAUCAGGAUUUCCUUUCUCAGAUACCAUGGCAGUAUGCAAUCAUUGAUGAAGCUCAAAGACUUAAAAACCCGUCAAGUGUUUUAUUUAGUAUUCUCAAAGAUCGCUAUAUCAUGCCAAGACGGUUGUUGAUGACUGGUACACCUAUUCAAAACAAUCUUUCGGAACUGUGGGCUUUGCUGUAUUUUUGCAUGCCUUCUGUCUUUGGUACACUGGAUGAGUUCCUUUCUACAUUCAAGGACAUCAGCGAUCUUACAGCAGUUAAUGAUGCUCCAAAGGUAAAGGAGCGACUAAAAAUUCUGAGAAGUGUAUUGGGAGUCUUUAUGCUUCGACGUACCAAAGCAAAGCUUAUGGAGUGCGGAAAUUUAGUGCUGCCACCUCUCACUGAGUCAACUGUGUUAGUACCCCUUGUCAGCCUGCAAAAAAAGGUCUACUUGUCAAUAUUGAGGAAGGAACUUCCUAAGUUACUUGCACUAUCCUCUGGAACUUCAAAUCAUCAGUCACUACAGAAUAUUGUGUUACAACUUAGAAAAGCAUGCAGCCAUCCUUAUCUCUUUCCAGGUAUCGAGCCCGAACCUUACGAAGAAGGGGAACAUCUGGUUCUGGCCAGUGGAAAACUGCUGAUUCUGGACCAACUUCUUCAGAAGCUACGUUAUUCUGGACACCGUGUUCUUCUUUUUGCUCAGAUGACCCAUACACUUGACAUUUUGCAGGAUUUUCUGGAGUUACGAAAGUAUUCUUAUGAGCGUCUUGAUGGAUCAAUUAGGGCUGAGGAGCGCUUUGCUGCAAUUAGAAGUUUCAGCAGCUCAUCAGCUAAUCUAGGUUUGAAUUCUGAAGCUGAUCAAAAUGGAUCUUUUGUUUUUUUAAUCUCAACAAGAGCUGGGGGAGUUGGCUUGAAUCUUGUGGCUGCUGAUACUGUUAUAUUCUACGAGCAAGAUUGGAACCCUCAGGUGGACAAGCAAGCUUUGCAGAGAGCACAUAGAAUUGGCCAGAUGAACCAUGUUUUGUGUAUAAACCUCGUUACAGAACGUACAGUGGAGGAAGUAAUAAUGCGGAGGGCAGAGAGAAAAUUGCGGCUAAGCCUCAAUGUUAUAGGUGAUAAUAUUCUGGAACAUCAUGAUAAAGAAACAUCUGGAGUUGGAACUAGUGAUUUGAAAUCCAUCAUAUUUGGGUUACAUAUGUUUGAUCCCAGUGAUAUUAAUGAUGGAAAACACGGGGACAUGGAAUUACCAGAAAUUAAUGCUAUGGCUGACAAGGUGAUUGCUAUGCGUGAUGAACAAAUAUUUGACAAGGAUGACAGGAAAUUUGAGGUCAAUCCAAGAGACUUUGUAAAAGGAAAUGAUGUUAAGGAAGGAGGUUUUGCUUCUCUCUCCUGUGAUCUUGGUCUUGAUGAGGCUUCAUAUCUUUCUUGGAUUAAAAAAUUUGAGAAACUGUCUAAAUCAAGUUGUGACUCAAACAUGAACUUGAGGAGAAGAAGGAACUCAGAUGAGGAAGAGUCUCACAAACUUGAGUCUGCAAAGAAGAAGGCAGAGGAAAAUAAGCUGUCUAAGUGGAAAGCUCUAGGAUACCAUUCACUCAAUGUGAAAGACCCUAUCAGUCCACCAGAUGGUGAUAUUAUAUCAGCUACCGGUUCUGUUCAUUUUGUAUAUGGAGAUUGUACAGCUCCAUCAAACGUUUGUUCAUCUGAACCUGCUAUAAUAUUCUGUUGUGUUGACACCUCUGGACAUUGGGGCCAUGGUGGAAUGUUUGAUGCACUGACCAAACUUUCUACGAGCAUUGGCGUUGCAUAUGAACGGGCUUCUGAGCAUGGGGACCUGCAUCUUGGUGAUCUCCAUCUUAUAAAGCUUGAAGAUGGCUGUGAUGAACAAAAUAUGGAUGGUAGUGCUCCCAAAAUAGUUGCUUUAGCUGUGGUUCAGUCUUACAAUCCAAGGCGUAAAGUCCCUCGCAGUGAAAUCUCACUUCUCCACUUGGAAAGCUGCUUAUCAAAGGCAGCAUUCUCAGCCGCACAAAAUUCUGCAUCAAUACACAUGCCCCGGAUUGGUUAUCAAGAUGGAUCUGAUCGUUCUGAGUGGUACACCAUAGAACGGCUUCUAAGAAAAUAUGCUUCCAUUUACAAUAUAAAUAUAUUUGUAUAUUAUUAUCGAAGAUCGCGUUAAGGCUCCAGGUUUACCUAACUUCUCAGACUCAAAAGGGUAGUUCUUGCAUAUACAAUAUUGAAGAUAUCGUUGUCCUAC